GUGUGGAUCAAACGGAGGACACGCAGACCGACGGCGUCACAGGCAGCGGAUCACAGCCGAGCGCAGAGAGCCGAGUCCCGGUCACCAUGUCGGUGCUCGGCCCGGCCACCAGCAGCGCUGACGCCUGCCUCAGCAUCGUCCACAGCCUGAUGUGCCACCGGCAGGGCGGAGAGAAUGAGGGCUUCGCCAAGCGAGCCAUCGAGAGCCUGGUGAAGAAACUGAAGGAGAAGAAGGACGAGCUGGACUCACUCAUCACCGCCGUCACCACCAACGGCGUCCAUCCCAGCAAGUGUGUCACCAUCCAGAGGACGCUGGACGGACGGCUGCAGGUAGCAGGUAGGAAAGGCUUCCCUCACGUGAUCUACGCCCGUCUGUGGCGUUGGCCUGACCUCCAUAAGAACGAGCUGAAACACGUGAAGUUCUGCCAGUUUGCGUUCGACCUGAAGUACGACAGCGUGUGUGUGAACCCGUACCACUACGAGAGGGUGGCGUCUCCCGCCGCCACAGGUCCUCAGUCUCUGAUAAAGGAGGAGUUCGUUCAGGACUGUCUGCAGAUCGACCUGCCCCCCCAUCCCGACCCCUAUAACCAGCCCCGCCCUGUCGACAUGUAUCCCAGCAUGCCUCUGUCUUCUUCAGGCAGCAGCUCCGUGACGUCUGCAGCUCUGUCCGCCGCCGCCGCCGUUUGCGGAGGCCCUGCUGGUGUUGGCGUCAGCAGCGAGGGCCCGGGGCUCCUUCAGAUUGUCCCGUCUCAGAACGAAGGGGGUCGGGCCUCGCCGGCUCACCCGAAUGCCGACCACACGCCUCGGCCUCCUCACCCUCCCACUCCCCCCUCACCACACCAGCAGAGCCAUGAGUACAGCAGCCCCCCCAGAGCCGCCUCCUGGACAGGUAACAGCCCCACCCCCUACAGCCCUGCAAGACCUCCACAGAGUGGGCGGAGCCAUCAGCAGCCUCAGUUACAUCACCACCACCAUGGCCCCAAUACACACUUCUGGUCACAGCAUCACAGUACUGCUCCAUAUCCACAGCCAGUGUCCAACCACCCAGGUCCAGAGUUCUGGUGCUCGAUCUCAUACUUCGAGUUGGACGUCCAGGUUGGUGAGAUGUUUAAGGUUCAGUCCAGCUGUCCUUUGGUGACGGUGGACGGAUACGUGGAUCCUUCAGGAGGAGAUCGUUUCUGUCUGGGACAGCUGAGCAAUGUCCACCGCACUGCCGCCAGCCACCGUGCCAGGCUCCACAUCGGUCGGGGGGUUCAGCUGGAGUGUCGGGGAGAGGGGGACGUCUGGAUACGCUGCCUUAGCGAUCACUCUGUGUUCGUUCAGAGUUUCUACCUGGAUCGAGAGGCAGGCCGAACACCUGGAGACGGAGUUCAUAAGAUCUACCCCGGAGCUUAUAUCAAGGUGUUUGAUCUGCGGCAGUGUCACAGACAGAUGCAGCAGCAGGCAGCUGCAGCCCAGGCAAUGACAGCGAAUCAGGCGGCUGCGGUUGUCGGAGCAAUUACCGGACCUUCAAAUGGUGUUGGAGGGAUGCCCCCUGCUGUCAGUGUGUGUUCGGCAGCAGGUCUGGGCGUGGACGACCUGCGCAGGCUGUGUAUCGUGCGCCUGAGCUUCGUUAAAGGUUGGGGGUGUGAUUACCCGAGACAGAGCAUUAAAGACACCCCCUGCUGGCUGGAGGUUCACCUGCACCGAGCGCUGCAGCUGCUGGACCAGGUGCUGCACAUGCUGCCACCGCGAGAACACACACUCUGACACACUGCGCAGUGUGUGUGUGUGUACGUGUGUGCGUGUGUUUCUCUGUGGGCUGCAGGUGUGUUUGAGAUGAGGAUUCGUCCACAGCUGGAAACAGAGGAGCUGUGAUGGACAGACACCUGGCACCAUCUAACCUGUCAGGGUUCAUCAGCCCCGCCCACCCCGUCCUCCCACAGACAGGUGUAAGCAAACACUGGUAGGUUCACACCGGUACUGACCUCCAGGCUUCAGACAAUCAGCCAAUCACAUCAUCUGAUUCCUCCUGUCAAUCAAAUGAUAGCAGCGUCCAGUGUGACAUGUUAAAGAGUCAGUUCACAUAAAUAUGAGAGAAAAUCCUGAAAAUCCUUAAAGGACUCAGUGUCCUGAUCUGGCUCCUGAGCUCCUCCGGUCACAGGAGGACCCUGUAGACACAUCCAGACUUCAGGCUCAGGUAUUUCAUUCAUUUCAAAUCUGUGAGCAGCUCAUGGAAUUCAUUUCCUGGAUAUCUGUAGUGAAAUGUUCUGAAAACUCGACUCGUACAACAAAUAAGGAUUAAAACAAAUAACUGUGAAGGAAUCAAAUUCAAGUUAAAAAAAAAAGUAAAUAUAUGUCAGAUGUACAUGUGUAACAAGUUUGAGACGUGCAGAAUAUUUCAUAUAUCACA